AAUGAAUUCUCUCACUGUCAGCCAGCCAAAAGUAAACAUUAGAGGAUUGUUGUGUAACCAAAUAUUUAAUCCCACAAAAUUCGUCGCAGUCGUCGAAUCAGAUCAGGAGAUAAAGGUAGUCGACGACAAUUGUGUAUUAAUAAAGGGGCAACGCUUAAUGAUACACUAUCGGCACACGAAAGAAAACGGAGUCUUCAUGGAAGAAGAGCCAAACGGAACUGUACAUGUAUAUGAGAAUGAAAGAAAUAGAUAUUCUGCUAUUAAUCGAUCAAAACUUCAAUUUGUAAAUGAAUUUGGAAACUGUGUCUUAAGGGUUAGUCGAAAAUCAAGAAGAUACAUUUGUUUGGAUCUUCGAAAGAGAAUAAAUUCCGUUUGGCCUUCUUCUAUAGCUGAGUAUUUCAAGACUUUUCGUGCCGUUAGUGUUCAGUAUCAAGACGUGGAGGGAGUUCUCCAUGUAACUCCAGAAGUCACCCCUGAGUGGACCAAAGUUCUAAAUGAAAUUGAAGUGGAAGACAAUUUCUACAAGAGAACUAAAAGUUUACGAACGAUUAGCCCAUCAUAUACUUCAUCUCCUGAUUCUGACUGGUCAGAUGUCAUUCUUCAGUUGAAUUCUACUGAAAUCUUACCGACUGUCGACGAAUUGAAACGUUCAGUGGAAUCGUAUCGAAACCAGAGCAAAACUUGUGGUACAAAGAAAUCUCUGGACAGUGAUACAACUCAUGAUUACGAUCAGACGAUUAAAAUGACUGUUAUUGAAAGAACACGAAAAACCUUUAAAGCUGUUAUGGAAACAUGUAUACAGGAAAGUGAUAAAGCUAUUUUGCAGAAACAAGUUAUUCAAGAUCUAAAUGAAAAUCCUGAUGUAAUUAUGACUGAAUUAGAGAGAUUAAAAAGAGAAAAUGUAGUAAAAUUUGAGAUUUGCACUUUACUAAACUUUUAUAUCAAUGCCAGCGUCACUGUUUCUGAUUCUUGUCAUCCUGUAAUUACUGAAUUGUGCGAAUGGGUUAUUUUCAGGGUUGUUAAAAAGAGUUUAGGUUGCUUUGAAGCUAUAGACUGCUUAUCAGAAUUAAUUGCAAAUGAAGGUGCAUCUGUAUUAAAAAAAUAUUGUCCAAAGGCUGUGAAAAAAUUAUUAGCUUUCCUUGAGCAACAAAAGUCAACUUCCUUUAAUAGUAAAGCUUGGAAUCAAAUAAUCGACUGUUUUGAUUACAAUUGCAGCGAGGAAUUACCUUUUGCUUCAAACUUGGACGGCAAAAGCGAAACUUUCGGCAGUCAAAGAAAGCGAAGGUCCAAAGAACACAAGAGCUCUGAGAAGCAGCUAGGAGAAAAGAAUGAAAUAGAAAUAGUUAAGGCAGAACCGAUGAACAAUAAUAAGAAAAAUGAGAUAUAUUUUGAAAAUCAAAUUCCCAAACGAAUUACUCAUUCCGGUAGAAUGAGCGUAGCAUCUAGAAUUGAAAAAUCUGCAGAGGUACUUAACAUCCAGCGUGGAAGUAAUUCUAAACAUGAAUCAGACGAUGAAACGAAAGAUUACUGGAAACCAAACCAUAGAAAACGUGCUUGUGGUAUAUGUUACUCAAGAGAACAUAAAACCAUUGAUUGCGAAGAUAGGAAGGCUUUUCUUGCUUCAUAA